AUGGGGAAGAUAACGAAGCAAAUGCAGCCCAAGCAUGCUGAGACCCUGUCUCCAUGGCUCAAGGACUUCGUCACGUCGGCUUGCUCGACACCCUUGCCUCUUCUCCCAGACCAUCUAUCCAAGUUCCCAACAAGAUGGCCCUUCCCCAGAGGUGAUCUGUACCACUGGAUCCCGCUUCUCAACCGAUUCGACGACAUCUUGGACUGCUUCUGCACCACCUACGGCAUGGACCAGGGUCCUCAGACCCGCGACUUCGCCUACGACCUGCUCCUCAACAAAGGUACCAAGACCGAAUCGUACGGCGACGAGGCGUGGGACACGGAGAGGCUCUCCAAGUUGGGCUACAAGGAAGAUGGCGACAGGCAGCUCAUCGAGGCUGUCCUCGACUUCACCCGUGUUCUCCUGGAGCACUGUGGCAACAGGAGCAUUUACUCUAGCAGCAUGGUCCUGAACAAGUUGCUUCACACCACGGCUUUGACGGUCCUGCUUGCUACCCUUCACGUCGGCUCCGAGCUGGCUCAGCGAUACCAGGCUUCCGUCAAGCGCAUAGGCAGCGCCUCCCGCUCCGUCAGCAACGCAUUGCUCGCGAACCACUAUCAGCUGGAUCUCGACCGUGUUCAGACUCUCGUUCUCCCCUUCGCUAAGACCCCCAUCGUGAGUCUUUCCGACUCGGUAGCCACUAGUACGCCUACAUCCGCUGCCAAGGGCAAGGAGAAGGCCCAAACCUCGAGCCAGAAGAAUGCCGCUUCCAUGUUCGCCAACGACCUGAGCGCCAUUCUCACCACAGACAACAGUCGCUGGAAUGGCUGGGGCGACAUCAAGGUCUCGUACACUGUGCCAUCCUCCACUCGCGAGCAGCCAGUCGCUGCGUCCUCUACCAACGUGUCUUCCAACACGCCUGCCACGCCGACUCCUCUGAGACGCAGUACCACGGCAGGAUCGCAGCAUAACACGCCCAAAUCAGCCCGCCAGCCCGCCGUCGAUGACUCUUCGCCUCUGAGUGUUCGGAGUUCCGGUACGUCGAGUGAACAUGCCAGUUCGAGCCAAAGGAUCUUCGACCUGCCUCAAUCAGUUGUGGCUUCUACUCCCAUUCACGACCUGCUCACGAGGCUUCCUGCGGACAUGCCGGCUUCUUCAAAGUACGAGGUCUUGCACCGCCUGAGAGUUGCAAAGGCCCUCCUGGGCAACGCUGAGUCACGCCAGCAAGCUCUAGCAAUCAGGUUAAUCGCCAUCAACAACCUGGCGUACAUCCACCCAGAGACUGUCUUCGUUGAGAAGGUUCUGCGUCACGACAACGACGAGACUAGGCGUUACCAACUUGUCUACCAAUUGGCGGAGCUCAUCCACCCUCCCGCCGAUGGUUCUAUCCAGGUGCCGCUGUGGCUUCAGUCCAUUGCCCUGGCCUUGCUGGAGGCUCUUUCAAACUAUUCAGCCCGAUACCAGGAUGUUUUGUCGGCCCUCAAUGCGAACGUCAACCACGGCAUUCUUCUUUACGUUAUUCGGAAGGCAGUCGGAGGCAUGAAGACGGACGAGCCUGACCGCGGUCUCCAGACUACUGAAGUAGACCAAUGGCGGACAAAUCUUUUCUCCCUGACCACUCACCUCGCCAUGUCUACCAGGAUAGGAUCCGAGAUGGUCACUGCCGGGCUCAUGGACAUCCUAGUGGAGAUUCUAAAGAUCAGAUCAGAUGUCGCACAGCGAAACCAAUCCAUGAUCUUGGCAUUCAUCGAUGGUCUGAUAUGGUCGUACCAGAACGCAUUCCAGAACUUCUUCAGCGGCCCUGGCCUUGAUGCGAUUUCCGACCUCCUGGUCACAACCGUCAGCGAGUCGAAGAACUUGGUUGAGGCUGGCCAGGGAAACAAGCCCGAGCAUCAGAACCAGAUAGUCGACUACGAGAUCCCCUACAACCAGCAGCAAACCCUGAAAUGGGUGCUCAAGUUUGUUCACCACAUGAUGACCAACUCCUACAGCUAUGGUGGUAAUACCGACCGGCUCUUGCGCAAUCUUGUAGACAAGUCGGAGCUGCUGGGAAGCCUCAGAGACAUUAUGCAGAACACCAAGCGCUUCGGCUCAGUCCUCUGGACGAACACGGUAACGGUUCUCAGCGACUUCAUCAACAACGAUCCCACAAGCUUCGCCGCCAUCUCCGAGUCUGGCAUGAUUGUGAGCUACCUGGAGGCCAUCACCAGUCAACCUGUCACCAAUCAGCCCGCAAUUCAGCCUCCGCCGGAAUCUGAGGAGCAGGAGCCUGCAAACCAGGGCGGCAAUGACGACAGCAGUCCUGACCCGCCUGAGGCUUCCGUUCAGCUUGACUCGGACAAUCGUCCUCAUCCGCCUCCGGAAGAGGAGCUGGCUUCGUCUCACGAACGUCCUCUGGCACAAGGUGUCUUGCCUACUUCGGACGCCAUUAAUGUCGUCCCCCAGGUGCUGAACUCGAUCUGCCUGAACAACGCAGGUCUGAAGAUGGUAGUCUCGUCUCGAGCUUUCGAGUCGUUCUUGGAAAUCUUCGAGAGCCCAGCCCAUGUCAACACGAUGGAAACCGACCCGCAUCUCGCCAGCAACGUAGGCGCAAGUUUUGAUGAGCUUGCUCGACACCACCCGCACCUUAGACGCCCGAUCUCAAACUCGGUCAUCGAUAUGGUUGCGAGGGUGAGAUCUCUGGGUAUCUACAAGGCUCGCACUGCCAAUUGGGGUGCCAAGCUGCUCUUGGCCGACGGAACACAGAAGCCAGUGCCAGUGGACGAAAAUUUGAAGAGCCUCCUCGACAACGCGUCUGAACCCAAAGGCAAGGGCAAGGAUGACUUGGACGUUGAAAUGUCAGACGCCGUUGAGCCGUCGCAGAAGUCGGAUAAGGCGUCACCCAGAACCGGCGACUCAUCCUCGUCUGCCAGCUCCUACGAAGACAUUACGCCUUACGUCUAUGCUGUAUCCAGCUUCCUCUCCGCCUACUUCAACAACAACACGCUCAAGGCUCACUUCAUCAGCUACGGAGGCUUAGAGCUGCUCCUGGAUAUUGCUGAGCUGCCUAGUCUCCCGCACGACUUUUGUGACUCGCACGCGUCUCGGACCUUGAACCUCGUCAUCUCGCAGCUUGUCGAACAGUCCCCGGUUAUCGGUCUUCCGUCCCUUUUGAAGCGUGCGCAGGCUGCUGUCGACACCCUCAAACCCCUGGCCGACUGGAAGGAAAACUCCAACGAGAGAACCCCCUAUUUCGGUCCAUUCCUCAGCCCUGACGACAAAUUGACGGUUGAACAUGUCCGAAGCCUUGACGCCGAGGCCCAGGAACGAGCGCUUCAAGGCACCAAGAUGGUCAAGGCUCUGCUCAAUGCGCAGUCUUUGAUCAAGACCCUGUACGAGUGCUUCACGUCUUCCCCGCGCUCUAACUCCGUUCAACUGUACCCCAUCAAUGUUUUCGACUACUAUGUGGAGUUGGUGAAGUCGUUGGGACCUCUGUUGAAGGCCGUCCUGGCUGAAGAAGGUGCAGAGCACAACGUCCUUCCCCAGCAUUGGUGGGCCAAGCGACCAGCGCCUGGCAGCGAUCUCAUGGUUUUGCUCGAAGGCCCGAAUGGGACGCAGCCCACUGCAGAGACCGACGCCGACAACGUACCUGCGUCUGAAGAGACUGCGGGAGCUGGCUCCAACGCAGCUCCGGCGACAAACUCCAGCCCUCAACACAAGGUUGCUAGUAAGCAAGAGCAAGCUACGCCUCGAUACCGUAAUUACGAUACCCUGCGCAUCCUGAUUCAUUCGAUGGUGCCGUCGACGUUCCCCUUCUUCCAGCAAUUGGGCAAGGCUCUCUUCCCGCGACGUGAGCGAGACGCUUACUCACGACCAAAGCACGUGGAUCUUGCAAGACAACUUGCUGGCACAAUUCUCGAUCAGCUCAGGCCGUCCGUUGCCAUGAACGCACCUACAGCGAAGGAGUACCACUAUUGGAUCAUUAUGCUUCACACUCUGUCAGAGAUGCUGAUGGAUUCCACGCGAUCGUCUAGCGACCGGUCCUCGGUUCAAAUAGUCGUUCCGGUUUUGAUUGCUUUCCUGGAGCAGGGCGGCUUCGAUGUCCUCACCCAAAUGGUUAAGCGCUUUUCGUCACAAAUGUGCACAGAGACUGGCGAGUCCGAUGCUGGUACCACUGCAAGCGCUCGAGUUGCCUCUUUUGGCCUUGGCAAAAUCUUCGAGUUCUUCGCGGCGCUCGUCAACGGGAAAAAUAUUGCCGACUCAACCACGCAAUUUGGCCUUGUCCCCAGAACCUCCGAGAGACGUCCCGAGUCACCGCCCUCCCAACAGAUCGUGGUUGAGGUGCGCAUGGCUGUUCUUCCCGUUAUUCGAGAGACCUGGGAGUCUCCUUUGAUCGAAAAGUUGCGGCCCGAGACGGUGGCUAAGAUCAUCGAGAUCCUCAAGAUCAUUUCUAGUGCUGAGAAUGAAGGCUCUUCCCGGGACAAGCCGGUGUCUGAGGUUUUCAAGAAAACUCCGGUUCCCUUCAACUGGCAGAACUACGGCGGCUUGAUUGGCCGGCUGGUUGAGGACGGUUCUGAUGAGGAUCUUGCUCGCGAGGCGGUCUACAGAUCUAACGGCAACGAAAAUAACGCUAUCGAAUACAGUCGCCUUCACAAGGCUGGCAAGGCUGGACAACGCAACCCCAUUCCGCUCGAGGACGCUUAUACUCCGAGCCGUGCAGAGCCAUCUCGUUCCCCCAGCCAGCAGGAGGGAGCUGCUCCUCCAGCUCCCGCUGACGCAGAUGCAAUGGCUGUCGAUGUCCCGCCAGAACUUGCCCCCGUAGCUGGUGCUGCGGAGUUUGACCGUCUUCUCGGCGAUGUUGUGCUGGGUGAUCUGGGCGAGCGAGCGACCCCCGACAUGAGCGGCACCGAAAGCCCUGCUGGGCUACCUGAAGCCCAGGGCAGGCCCAGUACUUCCACACCUGCGAGUGCCGCCCCGGUUGAUGCAGCAAAGCCCGAGAACCGCUUGAUUGCCAAGGAAGACUUGGACAAGGAGCGCGCCAAGUUACGGGAGAACCUCAUUGACAGAUCCCUCGACGUGGUCAGGGCUCACCCGCACUCCGCUAUUGAGCUCUCAGAGCUCAUCAACGCCAUGGUAUUCCGCCAGCAGAAUGAUGAGGUGCGGGACGAGGUUGGCCUUACCUUAGCGAAUGCCUUGACAUCUCUGUCAUUCGACGAUAGCGACUCCAAAUCCAACGGAACAAGCAUUGCUGCCUACGCUCAUCUGCUGGCUCUGCUGAUGCAAGAGAAGAGCUUCUUUAAAUGCAACAUCGACACUCUGAGAGAGAAGGUAGAUGAGUACGUCUCGUUCCUCAACCCUAAGGAUCUGCCAACUUCGAAUGAAGAGCUACCUCCAUGGAUUCCUUACAUUCUUUUGAUUGUGGAGCUACUGUUGUCUUACGACGAACAACCUGUCGAGGCCCAAUGGACCCCUCCAGCCAACGAAAACGAAACCGUCACUCCCGCUGUUCUGCCUCAGCGCAAUCCGAUCGUCUCCGACAGUCAGCGCAACGAUCUUUUGGAAGCAAUCCUUCGCCUGCUCCCUGUUCUCGGAAAAGAAGAGACCCUUGCAACUUCGGUCCUUCGUGUCAUCGUCAUUCUUACUCGGAAGCCUUCCAUUGCCCAAAAGGUCGGCGAGAAGAAGAAUCUCCAGCGCUUGUUUGUCAUGGCAAAGCAGCUUGCAGGUGCGGGUGCUGCUCGCCUGAAAGAGACAAAGAUCACGGGCAGCAUCAUGGCUAUCUUGAGACACAUCGUUGAAGACGAAGACACGCUCAGGCAGAUCAUGCGCGCUGAGGUGCGCGGCCUUUUCGACAACCCUUCGCGCCCCCAGAGGAGCUUGGAUCUUACCACCUAUCUCCGCAGCAUGGCGCCGCUUGCGUUGCGUUCCCCCGAUCUUUUCGUCGAAGUCACCAACGACAUGACUAAGCUCUCGCGCUGGACACCAGGAAACGAUGUCAGUAGUCGAGCUAACCAGUUGGCACUCAAGGAGCCCGAAGCCGAAGGCAAUGCCGCUGCCGACAAGGACGCUAGCGUUGAACCUGCGGUGCAAGGCACGGAGGAUCUGUCUAUCCACGACGUCAAGCAGUCAACCGAAACGGAGAUGACAGAUGCGCCGAAACCAGGAAACGAGUUGAAGCGUCCCGUUGUCGAGAAUCCUCAUGGCAUUGUCCACUUCCUCCUCUGCGAAUUGCUCAACUACCGAGAGGUUGAUGACAAAGAAGCCGCGCAGCCUGCAAAGGAUGGCAAGAGCACCGCGUCAGCCAGUGCCCAAGCUACAGACGCUGCCCCCAAGGAUGUGGCUGCAGAAGCCCAGGAUACUGCAGACGGCAAAGAAAAGGACAAGAAAUCUUCAAAACCCGUAUUCAAAGCGGACGACCACCCGAUCUUCAUUUACCGAUGCUUCCUGCUCAACUGUCUGGCGGAACUCCUCCAGAGCUACAACCAAACCAAGGUUGAGUUCAUCAACUUUAAGCGAAGCGCACCUCUCCAGACGAAUACGCCUGUCAAGCCUCGGUCGAGUGUUCUUAAUUACCUCAUCCACGACCUCCUCUGCCAGGGUAGUCUCACCGACAACGGUGACAGUAUUUUGUCCAAAAAGAAGGCUGCUACGUCUGCUCAGGCUCAGCAAGUUCUGGCUGCGCUGGUGGCGAAAACCGGAGAAAAGAGCAUCGACAAAAACCGUGACCGCUUCGAGUACGACGACGAACCUGAUUUGCUGUUUGUUCGCAAAUUCGUUCUGGACACCAUUCUCAAGGCAUAUGAGCGGGCCGCCACGCCAGACGAGCCCAUCGAUACUCGUUACGCCAAGAUGCAGUGCCUUGCUGAGUUGAUGAACCACAUCAUCGGAGAAAAGGAUAAGGAUUCGACCUCCCAACGGGCUCUGGAUUCUCCACAAGGCCGAUCGCAGGCUCAGCUUCGCAGGAUGAUGUAUGAGAAGGGCUACCUCGACAAGCUUACUUCUUCGAUUGCCGAAGUCGACUUGGGUCACGCGGGCGUCAAGCGUGCCAUUAAGUACGUGCUUAGAGUGCUGCGCGUGUUGACCGACACUGCAAAAGAGCUGAGCCGUUCCCACGUGAUUCCUUCCGCAUCCCUCCCUGAGAAUGUGGAUGAUGAGAUAAUCUCCACUUCUUCCAUGUCAGAUAUGGACGACGAUAGAGAAGAGACUCCAGAUCUGUACCGCAACUCUGCAUUGGGCAUGCUCGAGCCUCGAGGAAGCGACGACGAAUCAGAGGACGAAGAGGAAGACGAUGAUGAAGAGAUGUACGACGAUGACUACGGUGACGAGCUUGACUACGGCGAUGAGGAAGUCUCCGAUGACGGCGAAGACGGUGUCAGUGACGAGGAUGAAGAGCUCGGCGAGAUGGGAGAAAUUGAAGGUCUUCACGGUGAGCCGGGCGUCGUCGAAGUCAUCAUGGACGACGAUGAGGACAUGGACGAAGACGACGACGAGAUGAGCGAAGAUGAUGAAAUGGACUCUGACGACAUGGAGGACAUGGAAGAUCAUCUCGAUGUCGUUGAAGAAAUCGUUGACGAAGACGGCAAUCCCAUCGACGACGACGGCGCAUCAGGCUGGGAAAGUGAAGAGACAGACGAGGAGGAGGAAGAUGAGGACGAGGACGUCGACUAUGAGGCCGAAAUACAGGCAACAGAAGAGGCAGCUCGUAUGCACGGCAUGGAGCCUGGAGACAUCAUCGACAACUUAGCCCGGGCUGUCAUGGAUCCAGAAGACUAUCCGGGCGACGACAUGGAUGAUCUCGGAGAUCACUACAUUGAUGAUGGACGUGACGAAGAUGAUGACGAAGAUGAUGACGAAGACAUGGAUGAGGACGACCUCAUCUACGAAGAGGAGUACCCUCACGACCAUCAACCCCCUGUCCUCCCUGCUGCCCUCGGUUGGGACACUUUGGUUGUUGAGCCCUUCGGAGGCCACCACCACGCGCAUCGCCAUCGCCAUGGGCAUCGUAGUCCGUUCCCCCCUGGCUUCAUGGUUGGCAGUGGCCGCGAUCCGCUUGGAGACUUCAGGAGUUACUUCUCUCCUCGACACCGGCCCAACAACAUGCCCAACAACACUGAUGACGGAGUGAACCCUCUGUUGCGCCGAAGCGGCCAGGGUCGGGAAUCCUCUCCUCGCCCUAUGCCGGGGUCUGGUAUGAUCGGUUUGCGUCUGCCCCCUGAGAUUUUCAGCAAUGCUGCGCCGUUAUCCUCAAGUCCCAUCGCCAUCUUGAACGACCUCGUCGCAAAUCUGCCCAACAUGCGCCAUGGACAUGGCCCAGUUUCGCUUUCCAUCACUCAUAACGGUCGUGGAGAAGUUCGCGAAUACCAGGUCGCGCCUCGCGAGCCCAGAACAGACAAUCGUCGCGAGACUACAUAUCACGAGCCUCAACAGGCCGUGGGCUUCACUCCCGAAUCCACGUUUGAGCGCUAUCAGGAAGAGGCCAGAAUGGUAUUCGGGGGCACCCAAUUCGGGGACAAGGCCCAGAAGCUUGGUAAAAUAAUUCUUUCUAAGCUUGUUCCCCCGGCCAUGGAAUUCGAGAAAAAGAUCAAGGCGGAAGAGGAGGAGGUCCGCAAAGCCCGCGAGGAGGAACGCAAAAAGUUCGAAGAGAGCGCAAGACGCGCCAAGGCAGCCAAGGAAGCGGAAGAGAAGGCGGCUCGUGAGAAGAAGGAGGCCGAAGAGCGCGAGGAACAGGAACGCGCUGCUGCUGAAGCUGCCGCUGCUGCAGGUGAACGAGAUGCGGCGUCCGCACAAGAGCCUCAGUCGCAAGCUUCGGACCCUCACGCUAUGGAAGGUGUCGAAACUCAGGAGCCUUCUGCGCCCUCUGCAGACAACGAAGCGACUGCUGAUGUCAGUCGUGUUCUCACAACCAUCAGGGGCGAGGAAGUGGAUGUGACCGAGCUGGGCAUUGAUCCCGAAUAUUUGGCUGCUCUUCCAGAAGAAUUCAGAGAGGAAGUCAUCGCCCAGACCGUCAGUACUCGUCGGUCACAGGCUCGCGAAGAUCACCCUGCUGGUGAGCAGGGCGAGGCUUUCCAGGAGUUCCUCGACGCCCUCCCAGAGGACCUUCGCCUCGAAAUCGUUCAGCAGGAGCGUCAAGACGCGCGCCGCAGGGAAAGAGAUGAACAGCGUCGUCAAGCAACGGCCGGAACUCAAGAUCAGAUCGCUGUGGACAUGGAUCCGGCUAGCAUCUUGCUCACGUUCCCUCCGGAACUGCGCCAACAGGUGCUCAUGGACCAGGGAGAGGACAUUAUGGAUCACUUGCCACCUGAGAUGGCUGCCCAAGCCCGGCUCCUGGCUCAACAGCACGCCGUUCAUCCUGCUGUCACAGGCAGAAGCCCCCCUGUUGCUGCACGACGCAACGGUCCCGGACCCCCGCAGGCUGAGUCUGGGGAGAACAACGAGAACAAGGUUCAGCGCAGAACUGUGGUACAAAUGCUUGAUAAAGCUGGAGUGGCCACUCUGCUGCGUCUGAUGUUCAUCUCCCAGAUUGGCUCUAUUCGCAACUAUCUCUUCAGCGUGUUGGCCGAUGUCUGCGAGAACCGACAAAACCGCCUCGAGGUUAUCAGCACCAUUCUCUUGAUCCUUCAAGAAGGCAGCACAGACAUGGACGCCGUUGAACGCAGCUUCAGCCAGCUCUCUCUCAAGGCCAAGAAGCCGAAGGACAAGGACGCGGACCCGAGAACUCCUCAGAACCUUAAGCGGACUCUGACGUCCCUCAGCGUCGCCGCUGGCCAGAACCAGUCCAACUCGGAAAUUUCCCCUCUGAUGGUCGUGCACCAAUGCUUGGACCUGCUGCAGGAUCUGUCGACGAAGAACCCGCACAUUCCAAUGCUCUUCCUUACAGAACACGAGACGGUCGGGUCGUCCCUCAAGCGUACCCUCAGCCGGAAGGGCAAGACCAAGGACUCCAAGGCCCACAAGUACGCGAUCAACUCUCUACUCACACUUCUCGAUAGAGACUUGGUCAUGGAGAGUUCAGUGGUUAUGGCCUACCUGGCUGACUUGCUCAACAAAAUCACUGUGCCCCUUGCCACCAUGGAACGACGACGCAAGGAAGCUCUUGAGAAGGCCGCCCGAGAUGCCAAGGAGAAGGCAGCUGAAAACGCGGUUGAGGCGGGCGAGGCCUCGACUUCGGCGGAACAGCCGGCUGACAACGCGGCUGGCGAGAACACUGCCGCAGAGACCGCUACUGCUACCGACGACAAGGAGUCGAAGUCGACCCAAACAACUGCCGAGCCAGAGAAGUCAAAGAGCAACAAGUCAGAGACCAACCAGAAGGGGCCUAAGCAGAUGCAGGUGCCGAUCAUCCCUCCGCAUAACCUUACUUUGGUUGUGAAGAUCUUCGUGGCCCGCGAAUGUAGUUCCAAGACCUUCCAGAACACCAUCUCGGCCAUUAAGAACUUGUCUGCCAUUCCCGAAGCCAAGGCAACUUUCGGUCAGGAGCUGGUUCGUCAAGCUCGUCUUCUCAGCGAGAACAUUGUUGCGGAUCUCGACGAGCUGCUCCCGCACAUUGAGAAGGCCACCUCCGGAACGGAAAUUCAGGGAGUAGCUCUCGCCAAGUUCUCUCCGGGUGCAUCUGAACAGAACAAACUGCUCCGCGUUCUCACCGCCCUUGACCAUCUGUUCGACAGUAAGAAAAAGAGUGACAAGUCCGACGAGGAGGCAGAGGCCAGCAAGAACGAGAAGCAGGAUCUCGUCACCUCCUUGUACCACAACUCUACCUUCUCUACCAUGUGGGAAAAGCUGAGCGCCUGUCUCAGCGCCAUCCGACAACGCGAGAACAUGGUUAAUGUGGCCACGAUCUUGUUGCCUUUGAUCGAGUCUCUGAUGGUGGUUUGCAAGAACACUGCCAUGAACGAUGAUACGCAGACUCAGAACCAGAACAGCAAGGAAAUGUUGCUUUCGAGCCCGCCUCCGGAGAACCGCAUGGCUGGUCUAUUCUUCACCUUUACGGAAGAACAUCGUCGCAUUCUGAAUGAGCUGGUGCGCAACAGCCCCAAACUCAUGUCAGGAACGUUUGCGCUUCUCGUUAAGAACCCGAAGGUGCUUGAAUUCGACAACAAGCGGAAUUACUUCAACCGCAGUGUUCACAGCCGAGUCAACAACAGCCAGCGAUCCUCGUUCCCGGCGCUGCAGCUCUCCGUCCGUCGCGAACACGUUUUCCACGAUUCAUUCAGGUCGCUGUACUUCAAGUCUGGCGACGAGAUGAAAUACGGCAAGCUCAAUAUUCGAUUCCACAACGAAGAGGGUGUAGACGCCGGAGGUGUCACUCGCGAGUGGUUCCAGGUUCUCUCCAGGCAAAUGUUCGAUGCCAACUAUGCCCUCUUUACGCCCGUUUCGUCGGAUCGCACCACGUUCCACCCCAAUUCCUUGAGCGGUAUCAACGAUGAACAUCUUAUGUUCUUCAAGUUCAUUGGGCGUGUGAUUGGUAAAGCGCUGUAUGAGGGGCGAGUUCUUGACUGUUACUUCAGCCGAGCGGUGUACAAGCGCAUUCUUGGCAAGUCUGUCUCUGUGAAGGACAUGGAAUCCUUCGACCCCGACUACUACAAGUCGCUGGUGUGGAUGCUUGACAAUGACAUCACCGACAUCAUUACUGAGACGUUUUCCGUUGAGGACGAUGAGUUCGGCGUCACCCGCACCAUAGAUCUAUGCCCUGGCGGCCGCGACAUCGCCGUCACCGAGGACAACAAACACGACUACGUACGAUUGGUCGUGGAGCACAAGCUUCUUUCUUCUGUUCGGGAUCAAAUGGAGGAGUUCCUCAAGGGAUUCCACGAAAUCAUUCCUGCGGACCUCAUCUCAAUCUUCAAUGAGCAGGAACUAGAACUGCUCAUUUCAGGUCUGCCAGACAUCGAUGUCGACGACUGGAAGAGCAACACGGAGUACCAGAACUACAACCCAUCCUCUCAGCAGAUCCAGUGGUUCUGGAGAGCGGUCCGGUCCUUUGACAAGGAAGAGCGAGCCAAGCUGUUGCAAUUCGUCACCGGAACCAGUAAGGUGCCCCUCAACGGUUUCAAGGAACUCGAGGGUAUGAACGGAAUCAACCGUUUCAACAUCCACCGCGACUACGGCAACAAAGAGAGGCUUCCCAGCUCUCACACAUGCUUCAACCAACUUGAUCUCCCCGAGUACGAGAGCUACGAGACGCUCCGCGCACAAGUCAUGAAGGCCAUCACGGCGGGUAGCGACUACUUCGGCUUUGCAUAA